AUGCACAAAUUUGUUGGAGGCCCCCAGACUCCCGGUGUUCUAUUAGCAAAAAAGAACCUUUUUCGUGCAGGAGAGUACUUUCCAGAAGGCGCAGGUGGUGGAACGGUAGCCUUCGUUACUAGAGAGCACCAUGUUUAUCUAAAAGGCAUCGAAGACAGGGAGGAAGGCGGUACACCGGCCAUCGUUGAAUCCAUAAGGGCUGGAAUGACAAUGCAGUUGAAAAUGGCUAUUGGUGCCGAUAACAUUCUGGCAAGAGACGAUGAAAUUGUUGCGUAUGUGUUUAAUCUGAAGGAGUAG